AGGUGCGGCAACACGGCAAGAGCAAAUGGCUUUUAGCCGUAUUUGGACGACGACAGACAUCGCACGCAAUGUCAGAACACACCUGGAGGCAUUACAGUCAUGGCAGCGUGCCGCCCAACGCCGUGGUUGCCGGCCAUGACUCGGACGGGGAUACCAUUUACAUUGGGCGCGCCUUCUACUGCAACGACCUGCUGCCGGCCAAGGUGAUACCGAACAAAGGCAAGGCCUAUGUGGCGUAUGCGCGUCAGGAGGUGGAGCUGGACAGCUAUGAGGUGCUCAGCGGUCACAAUUACGAGUGGCUGCCAGCCGAGAACGGCGCUGUGCCGCCCAGCGCCGUCAAAGUGGGUCGCAACGUUGAUGGUGAGGAUCUGUAUGCUGGUCGCGGCUAUCAUGCCGGCAGUUUGACCGUGGGCAAGGUGCAUCCCUCGCACGGCUGCCUGUAUAUACCCUAUGACUCCGAUGAGGUGAAGAUCUUUGCGUACGAGGUGCUCUCACAGCCGGAACGCUGGAUCGACACGACCGCCUCGAACAUACCCCCGGGCGCAGUUCUGGGUGGCCACGACUCCAACGGCGAUGCCAUCUAUGUGGGUCGCGUCUUCCGUAAUGGCGAUCUGCUGCCCGCCAAGGUGGUGCCGGCCAAGGGUACCGCCUAUGCUGCCUACGCCCAAGCCGAGCACGAGGUGACCGAUGUGCAGGUGCUAGUCGGCGCCGGAUUCCAAUGGAUACCCGCCUCCCAUGGCAAUGUAGUGCCCAAUGCGGUGGCCUCCGGUCCCAAUGUCGACGGCGAAACGCUCUAUGUGGGCCGUGCCAAUUACUGUGAAAGUUUAACCGUUGGCAAGAUCCAUCCCUCGCACGGCUGUAUCUACAUACCCUUUGGCGGCGAGGAGGUCAAGCUGGAGUUCUACGAGGUCCUAGUGCGCACAUAGUCAAUACACAUACAUACAUAAUUGUAAACAGAAAUGAAAGGAAAGCAUUUGAUCUUUUCAAAAAAAAAAAGUAGACAUUGCAUGACACGACUA